UUGCCGUGAUGAACGAUGAAGGCCUGAUCCAGCUGAUGUUAAGUGUCAGUGGGAAGGAGAAGAACACGCUUUCCUGCGGAUUGAAACAUGACUAAACCAAGGUGGUGAUCCUCCGCCCUCCCCCAGGCCAGGUCCACGCCUCCGAGGGCGGGCAGCCAGCUAGCCGCCGCUGAGCAGCACCGCGGGGUCAGGGAUGGUGCUUGGUUUGCUCCGGGUAACGCUGGGCAGGUCCGGGCAGCACAGGGCUGCGCGGUCGCCUAGACACCCGAUGGGCGGGCGGGGAACACACUACCCAGGGCCAGGCAAAGAUCGAGCAGCCUCGGGCACCAUGGCCGACAGCUGUCCGCUCUUGCGGUCGGGGACGCUGGCCCCGGUGCCGGAGCGCCGGUACUGCAGGCCCGGGUACAAAGAGCAUCUGCCUUCCAGGUGUUUCACCAUGCGCAAGAGACGGAAGUUCCCCAGCUCCCUGAACAGCCAGCGCUGGGUGUUUGUGAGAGAGGGCCUGGAUGACUUCAGGAAAGGCUGCCCACCUCGUGAAGGUCUAAUUGCUCCGGGACCCAAGGAGGCCUUUCCACCCAUGAUUUAUCAUGGAGUCCUUCCACCACCCUCCAGGAAGAGGCAGAAUGAGCUGCCCAAGGAAGCAGCCCUGCUCUCCAGGCUCUCAUGGGCCCAGCGGGCUCGGAAGGCUUUUGUGGAGGACUUGGAAGCCCGCCUGGCCCUUCAUCCCCUGGCUCUCCAUCCCCAUCUGGAAGAAGCCAUGCCUGCCCAGCUCUUAUUACAGGUGCUGGAAGUGCUUGAUCCUGAGAGGAAGCUGGAGGACACGUGGGCUUACUGUCAGGACCCCAAGAAAAGAACAAAGGAGCCCACAAAGCAUUUUAAAAAACGUUCUACCCAAGUGCGCCUGGGACUUCCCAAGAAGACUCCUGUGUCACAUUCAAACCAGUGGCUUUAUGAAAAAAAGCCAAGUAAAAUGGACGUGCUCCAUGAAGAUGGGCUUCUUCAUGAAAAUAUACGCAAAGAAGUUAGUGACUUCUGCAACUGGGCUACCACUCUCGGAAGUUCAAACAUUGAAGAAGAGUUCAUCUUGAAACAGUUUGACGUUGGCUAUCAAAGCAAGCCAACCUGUGAUGUGCUCCACGUGAUGAGGCUAAACCAGAUUCCUCUGGAGCUGAAGAAGAGUGUGGAGAUAAAUAAACUGCAGGAGGCAGAUUUCUUCCAGAAACUAGAUCAUGAGAGGAAACACUGGAAACCACAGAAUCCUUAUAAACCAAAACAGGUGAAGAUGAGAUAUGGAGCAUGGUAUUUGAACACCAACUUAUGGAAAAAGCAAAGAGCGGAUGAACCUUUGGUUGAUCCCAAAGUUUCAUGUAAAUCUUGGGAUGAGAAUUUUAAAAAGAAGGUACAGGAACAGGAAGAGUUGCUUGCAGACCUUCAUGGAAUAGAUACCUUUAAGGAUUUCAUUCUAAGCAGGGGCUACAGGAUGCCCAGGUGCCUUGAGAAGAUGUAUAUUGGGAAGAAAAGUAAAUGUGUACAUAAUAAGACUCCUAUAAAGCUCACUUGAGCAUAGAAGAAUCUUGGGAAGAUGAUUAGGCAGAUUUUAUUGACUACAUAGUUGGCUUUUGCUUUCCCAUUUUAAACAUUAAGUAGAAUUUAUGAGUGUCCUAAGUGUCUUACUGUGGACAUACGACUGCAACUUAGCCACAUCCAUAAAUGUAAGAUCUAAUACUUACAAAUGUUUCUCAUUACUGUCUGCUUCAUUUAAUUAAUGUUUUAUAUAUUUUAUCAACUCCGAAAUCAAUAUUCACAUGUAGUCUCACAUUUUUAUAUCAUUGUGAAUAUUAUAUAGGUAUAUCAACUAUUUAUAAAAAUAAA